AUGUCCAUGGUGUCCUCCCAGAUCAGCACCGACACCGUCUCCUCCAUGUCCGGCUCCUACAUCGCCCCUGGCAUGGAAGAGGACGGGGAGGCUCUCCCCUGCCCCCGGGCCGCCAGCAGGACGCCCUCAGAAGAAGGAGACGUGACGCCAGCGGCGUCUCCAGACUGCAACUUUGCGGGCCUCGUCGCCACCGCCGAAGAGCAGGAUGCAGAGGACAGCCUGACCAGCCUGCAGUGGCUGCAGGACUUCUCCUUUCUCAACGCCGAGGUCCCCGCCCUGCCUUCGGCGGACACCGACCCCCACGGCUACCACGAGCUGUCAGGCUCGGCCGAGCCGGGGUCUCCCCUGGUGGCGGACCCCGCCUGCCUGGGGCAGCCGCACACACCCGGCAAGCCCACGUCCUUGUGCACGCCGCGGAGCGCCCCCUCGGGGCUGCAGGCCUCGCCUCCCGACGACGUGGACUACGCCACCAACCCGCACGUGAAGCCGCCCUACUCGUAUGCCACGCUCAUCUGUUACUUCCGCCACGCUGAUCCCACCUGGCAGAACUCCAUCCGCCACAACCUGUCCCUGAAGAAGGGCUUCAUCAAGAUGCCCCGGGAGAAAGACGAGCCAGGCAAGGGGGGCUUCUGGCGCAUCGACCCCCAGUACGCCGAGCGGCUGCUGAGUGGGGCCUUGAAGAAGCGGCGGCUGCCCCCAGUCCACAUCCACCCGGCCUUUGCCCGCCAGGCCGCGCCAGAGCCCAGCGCCGCCCCAUGGGCCGGGUCACUGACCCAGGGUGAGCUGGAACCCCUCAAGGGCAACUUUGACUGGGAGGCCAUCUUGGACGCUGGCACGCUGGACGGGGAGCUGGGCACGCUGGAGACCUCGGAGCUGAUCCCGCCGCUGAGCCCUGCCUCCCACGGGGACGUGGACCUCACCAUCCAUGGCCACCACAUCGACUGCCCUGUUACCUGGGGGCCUCCAGUGGAGCAGGCUACCGACAGCCUGGACUUCGAUGAGACCUUCCUGGCCACAUCCUUCCUGGAGCACAUCAGCACCGACACCGUCUCCUCCAUGUCCGGCUCCUACAUCGCCCCUGGCAUGGAAGAGGACGGGGAGGCUCUCCCCUGCCCCCGGGCCGCCAGCAGGACGCCCUCAGAAGAAGGAGACGUGACGCCAGCGGCGUCUGCAGACUGCAACUUUGCGGGCCUCGUCGCCACCGCCGAAGAGCAGGAUGCAGAGUUCCUGCAAGAAGGCAUGGGCUUUGCUAAGGUGCUGGGAGCCAGUUGCUGA